UUGUUAUCAUAUCCCAAAGUUCAGAUAGAGCCUCCUAAGUACCUUAUAAACUUAUCAUGCAUAAUAGGAUUGUACCUUAACGUGGGGGAGAAGAUAACAUUUUUCCGUUCCUCGUUGUGUUCCUAAAUUAAAGAAGAUAACAUCCUUGUAUCUUAACUUUGUCAUUUUUUUUCCAUGUGAAACUUACAUUACAUUUGGAAUAACUACAAAUAGUUUUAAUUUUUUCUUCUUUUAUAGCGAUUCAUACUUAGAAUUCCUAAUAUCUUUCUUUUCACUUCUCAUGUCAUGCAACCAUCUCUUUCUUCCUUCUGUUACAAAUUCAGAUAUGAUGUGUUCCUUAGUUUUCGAGGGAAAGAUACUCGCCAUGGUUUUACAGGAAAUCUCUACAAAUCUCUUUGUCAUAGAGGAAUUCACAGCUUCUUUGAUGACCACCAUCUUCCUAAAGGGGACCAUAUUUCCUCUGAACUUGAGAACACAAUCCAAGACUCCAGAAUUUUCAUCAUUAUCCUCUCUGAGAACUAUGCAUCUUCCUCUUUCUGCUUAAAUGAACUUGAUUACAUCCUUAGGUUUAUCAAGCAUAAGGGUCGGUUGGUUUUCCCAGUUUUUUAUGGAGUUGACCCUUCUGAUGUGAGACACCACAUGGGUACUUUUGGAGAGGCAUUGGCUCAUCAUGAAAAGAAAUUAAAUUCUUAUUACAACAUGGAAAAGCUUGAGAGAUGGAAGAUGGCUCUGCAUCAAGUGGCUAACUUGUCUGGCUACCAUUUCAAACAUGGGGAAGGAUAUGAAUAUGAGUUUAUUGAGAGGAUUGUUGAGUUGGUUUGCAGCAAGAUUAACCGUGUUGCUUUACAUGUUUCGGAUUACCCAGUUGGACUAGAGUCACAGGUGCUACAAGUAAAGAUGCUUUUAGAUGUUGGAUCUGAUGAUGUUGUCCACAUGGUAGGAUUCCAUGGACUUGGUGGAGUAGGGAAAACGACACUUGUUGUUGCAGUUUAUAAUUCCAUUGCUGACCAUUUUGAAGCUUUAUGUUUUCUUGAAAACGUGAGAGAAGCUUCAAGUAAACAUGGGUUACUACAUCUCCAAAGCACCCUUCUUUCUGAAACAGUUGGAGAGAUUAAGUUAACAAGUGUUAAAAAAGGAAUUUCUAUAAUACAGCACAGGCUGCAGCAAAAGAAGGUUCUUUUGAUUCUAGAUGAUGUUGACAAAGAGGAACAACUACAGGCACUUGCUGGAAGACCUCAUUGGUUUGGUCUAGGCAGUAGAGUCAUUAUUACAACUCGAGACAAACAAUUGUUAAAAUCUCAUGGGGUUGAAAGAACAUAUGAGGUUAAAGAAUUGAAUGAAGAAAAUGCUCUUGAAUUACUUACUUGGAAAGCUUUCAAGUUUGAAAAUUUUGAUCCAAGUUACAAGGAUGUUUUGAAUCUAGCAGUGACUUAUGCCUCAGGCCUUCCACUGGCUUUGGAAGUGAUAGGUUCCAACUUAUUUGGAAGAAACAUAGAACAAUGGAAAAGUGGUUUGGAUCAGUACAAGAAAAUUCCUAAAAUGGAUAUCCAGGAUACACUUAAAGUGAGUUAUGAUGCUUUGGAAGAAGAUGAACAAAGUGUUUUUCUUGACAUUGCUUGUUUCUUCAAAAACUAUGACUUGGCAGAGGUUGAAGACAUACUUCGUGCUCAUCAUGGUCAUAACAUUAAACAUCAUAUUGAUGUGUUGGUUGAAAAAUCUCUCAUAAAGAUUAGUUUGGAUGGUAAAGUGACACUACAUGAUUUGAUAAAAGACAUGGGUAGAGAAAUUGUGCGUAGAGAAUCACCCAAAGAGCCUGGGAAACGUAGCAGGUUAUGGUUCCUUGAGGAUAUAGUUCAAGUUUUAGAAGACAAUAAGGGAAGUGGUAAGAUUGAAACCAUAUGCAUGGAUUUCCCUUCAUUUGAAGAAGUGGAAAUAGAAUGGGAUGGAGAUGCCUUCAAGAAGAUGAAAAAUCUCAGAACACUUAUUAUCAGAAAUGGUCAUUUCUCCACAGGUCCAAAACAUCUUCCUAAUUCUUUGAGAGUGAUGGAAUGGUGGAGAUAUCCUUCACAGAAUUUUCCACAGGAUUUUCAUCCAAAGAAACUUUCUAUAUUCAAGUUACCAUACUGUGAGUUUACAUCACUAGAGUUGAAUGACUUAGUAAGACAGGCAAGUGUAUUGACUUCAUUUCCUGGUUAUAUUUAUGUUCAUAAAUUCUCUUUUACUUUGUUGAUUUUCUUCUUCUUUUUUUCUCUUUUGCAGAAGUUUGUGAAUAUGACAAGUUUAAAUUUUGACGAAUGUCGAUAUUUAAAACAAAUACCUGAUGUAUCAUGUCUAACACAUUUGGAAAACUUGUCAUUUCGUUGGUGUCCAAAGUUAUCUUCACUUCACUACUCAGUUGGGUUCUUGGAAAAACUUAAAAUCUUAGAUGCAGAAGGUUGCUCCAAGCUCAAGAGUUUUCCUCCAAUCAAGUUAACCUCUCUUGAGCAACUCAAACUUCGGUAUUGUCAUAGUCUUGAAAACUUUCCAGAAGUAUUAGGAAACAUGGAAAAUGUAAGAGAACUUGACUUGAAAGAUACUCCUAUAAAAAAAUUCCCACUUUCAUUUCAAAAUCUUACUCGACUGCAAAAGUUACAUUUGUGUCUGAGUUGUGGAGUGAUGGAAAAUGGUUGUGAUGGGGUUCCCCUUUCAAGCAUUUGUAUGAUGCCAGAACUGGUUGAUAUUGUAGCAAAUGAAUGGAAAGGUGAGCUUUUCUGUAAAGCCAAUGAAGGUGUAGAAAAAGUGAGCUCAAUCUUCUAUACAAAUGUUCAAUAUCUUCAACUCAGAUGUUGCAACUUAACAGAUGAUUUUUUUCUGACACUUCUCCCAUGGUUUGCCAAUAUGAAGAACUUAGACCUAUCAGGGAAUAAUUUCAUUAUCAUUCCAGAAUGCAUCAAAGAAUUCCACUUUUUAACUAGGCUUAAUUUGAACUUUUGUGAGCAACUUCAAGAAAUCAAAGGCAUUCCUCCAAACCUGAAAUAUUUCUCUGCAAUAGAUUGCAUAUCCUUGACUUCCUCAUGUAGAAGCAUGUUACUAAAUCAGGAACUGCAUGAGGCUGGAAGCACCUUCUUUUAUUUGCCAGGAGCCAAGAUUGUAGAGUGGUUUGAGUUCCAAACGUUGGAAGUGCCAAUUUGUUUUUGGUUUCAUGGCAAACUCCCAGCCAUGGUUAUUUGUCUUGCAAUGGAACGAAUGUGUGAGUAUUCCUCGUCAAAAGGUUGUAAAUACAGACCCUUGGUGAUCCAUAGCACAUUUAGACUCAUGUCACCCAUUGUGAUCAUCAAUGGCAACGAACAUUUGUUACAAACUUGGGAGAUGAUGGAUGAUUGUACUUGUGUUUUUGACCUGAGGGAAACAAAACUGAAAAAUGAUUUUGAUGAACAACUUUUGGAAAAUGAAUGGAACCAUGCUGAGGUUACAUGUCGAUAUGUCAGUUUAGGCCAAACCUUAAUAAAACAUGGAAUCCAUGUAUUGAAACAGGAUAGUAGCGUGGAGGAGAUUCGAUUCACUGAUCCUUGCAAAAAAAGAAAUCUUGAUAUAAUGAGCUCAAUAGCCCAAAAUCACAGCAGCAACAAUUGUUGAAAAAACAAAGAAGUUGGCAAAACACAAUUUGUGUAGUAGGGAAAAUUGUCCAACACUGGUGUUUCUCAUUUUUUCAUGCUUGAGCAACCAGGUUAAUGUGAAUAAUUCUACUAUCAUAUGUUAGUAUUUAGUGGGCAGUGUCACCUUUUUCAUGGUCUAGACCAUACAUAUGAUAGUUUAGAAAUUAUUCUCCUAUAAUUUAACCUAUUGAUUUCUUGUAAUUUUCUAUAACUAGGUUUCUUAUAAUUGUU